UUUUGGAAAUGCCCAUCCGGAAAUGACAUAAAAUGAUGAAGUGAAGUUUUUAUGCAUUCGCCAUAACAUCUGAGCUGUUAAGUUUUGAGAAGCAAUAACAUGAUGGGUAAAGAUUAUUAUAAGAUACUGGGAGUUCCAAGAGGUGCCAAGGAGGAUGAAAUCAAGAAAGGUUAUCGCAAAAUGGCCCUAAAGUAUCACCCAGAUAAAAACAAAUCGUACGGAUCGGAAGAAAAAUUCAAGGAAAUAGCGGAAGCAUAUGAUGUUUUGAGUGAUCCAAAGAAGAAAGCAGUUUAUGACAAAUAUGGAGAAGACGGACUGAAGGGUGGUGCGUAUGGCCCAAGCGCGAGUAAUGUGAGAGGAGGUCAAAACUUCCACUAUACUUUUAGUGGCAACCCACACGAAACCUUUCGCAUGUUUUUCGGAGAUGAGAAUCCAUUUGAGAGCUUUUUCAGCACAGGGGGUGGUGGAAGAUUGGGUGGUCACAGAAGCAACCCAUCGUUUUUCCAUUCCUAUGGAGGUCACGGAGGCUUAGACAUGGAUGUUGAUGAUGAUCCAUUGACUCAUUUUAUGGGUGGUGGAAACAUGUUUAGAGGCCACCCAGGAAUGGGAAUGGAAGGAAGGCAUCAACAAAAAAAGCAUGAUCCACCCAUUAUCAAAGAUCUACCCAUUUCCCUGGAGGAUGUAUUCAAAGGUACAACUAAAAAGUUGAAAAUUGUGCGUAAAGUCUUAAACCAGGAUGGCCACACAGUAAGGGAUGAAGAAAAAAUACUCACAAUCAAUAUUAAACCAGGAUGGAAAGCGGGUACGAAAAUAACCUUCCCAAAAGAGGGUGACCAAACACCAAGGAACAUUGCAGCAGAUAUUGUCUUUGUAAUUCAAGACAAGCCACAUCCAUUAUUUACCCGUGAAGGUAGUGACCUAAAGUUCAAGGCAAAAAUUUCACUGAGAGAUGCACUAUGUGGUUCUUCCACUGUACUGAUUCCCACUAUUGAUGGACGGAAGGUACCACUACCGUUAACCGAUAUUAUCAAGCCUGAAUCAACAAAAAGAAUUCAAGGUGAAGGCUUGCCAUUGCCCAAACAGCCUUCAAAACGAGGAAUUCUUAUCGUACAGUUUGCUGUUACAUUUCCUGAUGCCCUUUCACAAUCUGUAAGAAAGACAUUGUUGGAAAUCUUACCAAAAUAAAUAUCGGCAAAUGACUUGAAAUAAGGAAAAAACGUUUUAUAUGACAUUUAUAAUGUUAUAAUAUAUAUAGAUGUCCUGUAUCCAUAUUUAUUUUCAUAAUGUUCUGUGAAAAAUUAAAACCAGGUUAUUGAAAUCAAACCUCUCAACCUCCCAUACCCUGACAAAACCCAAGCUUUUCCAUUAGAUUCUAGUUUUCAUGUCCAACAUCAGGGCUAGCUCAAGCACAUUUGCCAAUUACAAAUUUGAAAAAUGAUUUGUGAGUUAUUUUAUUGAUGUGGCAAAGUUAAAUUGUGGAUAAUUUGAAAAAUUGUUUUGCUUACCCAGAGCUAGACCUAAACAUUAUUGCUUGUUUUCUUUUUUUUAAUGUCUUAACAUUUAAUUAUGAAAUGGUCAAUUAAUAGCAUGUGUAACUUUAUGCAGACAUGUACCACCUGUGGAUUUCACUUUCUAAAGAUAAAUACAAAUAUUUGUUAGUUUAAAUUGUGGGUUUUUUUAUGAAUUUAUUAUGUGAUAUAUUCACAUUUAACUUAAUUUUAUAUUUGGUAAAGAACAUCUUUUAUCACUUGAUGGGUCAAUUUCAUAUAUCUGGGUUGUAGCUGGAUUUGUAGAUAUGAUUAUAGGGCAAACCCUACCUACCUUUUCAUGUCUUGGUAUUGGUAUAUGUGAAUGUCAUGUGCAUUUCUUUAGUUACAUGUAGUCCUAUACAACCAAUGCGAAUCGCUGUGCACUCAUGGGUUUAUUAACAUAGUUGUGAAUUUAAGCUAUGGUGAAAAUGUUCCUCUUUUAACAAUGUUAUGGUACCUGUCUCGGUUUCGAAUAUAAUCUAGGUUGCAUAACUCGAAGAUGAAUUUGGUUCCUAGGUGUUUGCAGGAAUUUUUACAUCAUAAAAAGAGUUAAUACAAUUUAUUCCUACCCCUUUCCAAUAUAACAUAAUAGAUAAAGAUUAUCUAGUAACACAGAAAGAAGAAAAUAAUCAGAAUUUUCAUGUUUAAGUGGGGGUGGGGUGGGGGGGGGAGACUAAAGUUUGACAGAUGGGGGGGGGGGAAAUGCAGGGAUGUUUGUUUUUUUUAUUAUUUUUGUUUUUUUUGGUGGUGGGAGGUGGGGGAGGGUGUGGCUCAUUGACAAUGUCAUGUUCUGUAUUCCAGCAAUUACAUGCUGGUAGGUUUAGUCACCAUUAAAUAUUGUAAGUGAUAAUCUGGUCAAAAUGUGAGAACAUUUUACAUUUUGUUAAGUACUGUGUAAAAACUGAAGUGAUAUUUUUCAGUUAAUGGACAAGUUUAAUUUAAACUAUACUGAUGGAAAGAAAUAAGGAACCAUAGGGAACUGUAGACCAGAUUUAAUUUACUACUAGUGUAGUAAUGUUUGCAUUUCAUACAAAGUUGUAACGUGGGAAUGAAUGGUAGUGUCAAACUGACUGCCAUGAACAUGGUCAACGUCCGAUACUGGCUUGAGGGUUUUUGCCUACAAUCACUUUGCUGUGAUCUCUUAUUUUGUUCCAUUAGUGUACAACAUAUUGCCUUUUUUAUUUUAGGUUGAUUUGUUUUGGAAACUUGUUAUUUUAAUUUUUACCUACUUGUACUAGUGUAUCGUUUUAACUGCUAAUAUUUUUUGGUUUUAGCUUUUGUUUGUUAUACUGUAGUUAAAGGUUCUGUAUAUGUUAUAAAUUAUAGAUUGUGUACAGUAUACAUGUAUAUCUGAUAUUUCAAUUGGUGAAAGUAGUAUUUAUUGAUAGACAAUACAUAUUAAGUCUUGUUAAUGUAAUCUGACCAACCAUAUUCCCGUCCCCUCACACACACACACACAAACCUCGAAACUUAUAUGACCAGGUAUACGUCAGUUACUGGCAUUUAUAUGCAAAAUAGAAAUCUGAAGAAAUAUAGUAAAAUAAUGUGUUUUGUAUUUAUAUAUCACUAAUGUAUAUUUGUUUAUAUGUAUAGUGAGCAUUAUUUUUACAAACGAGAGCUUUUGUAUAGAUUUUACAGGCAGUUUUCUAUGAUUGAUUAAACAACAAAGAAUCUCUUUAACUAUACAAAUAAAUCUAUAAUUUGCUAUGCAUAAUAUUUGCAAAUAGAUGUAUGAAAGUUGAUACCAGUUAAUGCUUGUACAUGUUAUUUUUAUAAAAUAUAUUAUUAGUGCUAUAAAGAUGUCAUUAAAUACUCA